AACAGCUUUGAAACAGAAGAUGACCCUCGAAGCUUUGAGGACUUAAAUCCUCCUUGGGGACCUGGUCGUUAUCUGAAACACCAUGAGGAAGAUGAAGGCUCGUGCUCCCCCGCCUCCUGGGAAGCCCGCCACCCCCAACUUGCACAGCGGACAGAGAUCUCCGCGCAGAGCAUCCCCCGGGCCCCCACAGAACCAGCUCAGCAGGAAGCACUCGCUGGACGGCGGGGCGGUGGCCAUGACCGUCGUGCUGCCCAGCGGGCUGGAGAAGAGGAGUGUGGUCAACGGGAGCCACGCAAUGAUGGACCUACUGGUUGAACUUUGCCUUCAGAACCACCUGAAUCCUUCCAACCAUGCCCUGGAGAUCCGGUCUUCAGAAACCCAACAGCCUUUGAAUUUUAAGCCAAAUACUUUAGUUGGGACCUUGAAUGUGCACACCGUAUUUCUGAAAGAAAAAGUUCCUGAAGCGAAGGUUAAGCCUGUUCCCCCUAAGGUGCCUGAGAAAACGGUGCGUCUAGUGGUGAAUUACCUGCGCACGCAGAAGGCGGUGGUGCGCGUGAGCCCCGACGUGCCCCUGCAAAGCCUCCUGCCGGUCAUCUGCGCCAAGUGUGAGGUCAGCCCAGAGCACGUGGUGCUCCUCGCGGACAGUGUGGCCGGCGAGGAACUGGAGCUCUCCAAGUCCCUGAGCGAGCUGGGGAUACAGGAGCUGUACGCCUGGGACAACAAGCGAGUUCUUCUGACCAAAACGAAGUCGGAGCCUUCCCUGAGCUGUCGAGAAACCUUUAGAAAAUCUUCACUCAGCAAUGAUGAGACAGACAAAGAGAAGAAAAAAUUUCUGGGAUUUUUCAAAGUUAAUAAAAGAAGCAAUAGUAAGGCCGAGCAGUUCGGGCAGCCUGGGGUGGACAGCCGUGAGGAUGCCUCCACGUCCACACUGGGGAGGAGUUCAGACGGCUGCUUGACGACCCCGAACUCCCCAUGUGUGAAUCCACGUUCUGUUAUCCUGGGUCCAUCCCUCUCUCUUGGCAACAUCUCAGGGGUGUCAGUCAAGUCGGACCUGAAGAAGCGCCGGGCACCCCCUCCUCCAACCCUGCCCCGCACAGGGCCACCCGUGCAAGACAAGACAUCAGAAAAGAUGUCUCUGGGGUCGCAGAUGGACUUACAGAAGAAGAAGAGGCGGGCGCCAGCUCCCCCUCCACCGCAGCCCCCACCACCCAGCCCGCUGGUGCCGCCCCGCACGGAGGGCAGGGAGGAGGGCAGAAAGGGCAGGACGGUUUAUUGCUGUGCAUCAUUCCCUACCCAUGCCAAGCACUUCUGAUGGACGGCCCCUCCCUGGAGCUCCGUGCCUCUGACUUUUCCCUGUGCCUCCGCUCUCCUGACUCUGACUCUCCUGUCGAUCUUCCGUCUGUCCACAUCAAAGGGCUCAUUUGUACACCUGCUGCUCACUUUCCUUAGAAUUGACAUAUAAAUGCAUAAACAACAGAGAUUUGUUUGACUGAGGUUUAUAAUUCCUUGUAGGAGAUAAAGAGUUUUAUAUGUAAAUUCUAGGUUGAUAAUCCUCUGUCUGAAAUUCCUCUUUCACUGAUACAUGGAUAUGUUUUUAUUAAGAACCUUGAUUUAUUUGAAUUCAUUAUUAGUUCCUACUUUUCUUGUUUGAUAUUUGGAUGCAAAAUUUCUUCUCCACUUUCCUUUCAGCAAGAUGGUGUCCAUAAAUCGACCAGUGAGGGCAAUGUUGACAGAACUGAAAUAGUCUAUCUUCCUGGUAAAAAUAAGUGCCUAAGCUCAUGAACUAUAAUAUAACCUGUAGGGAUUCACAACUCAUGACCUAUGGUUCUCCUUUUGGGAUAUGUAAGACCCAACUUUUUUGUAGACGUUUUUCAGAUUUUCUUAUUACUGUGUCCCCUGCCAUUUAGAGAGUUUAUGAAAAGAAGACAGGAAGAAGAUCUUGUGUCUCACUUCAUCUGCUCACGAGGCAUGCAGUCAUUCAACCACUGACUCACCGAACAUGGGCACUUGCUUGGUACUAGGAGGCUUUGGGGGCUUUAGACUGAGUAGCAAAUGAGCUCUGCCCAUGGCCGUUUCUGACUAUGGCUCCCCAUGGGAAAAGAGGUAGUGAUAGUGCCACUUGAUAAAUGAUGGCCUGGAGGCUUGCACAGCUGGGAGUUAGGCCCGGGUGUAGCUGCCACGUCCACGCAGGGGUGAAGCCUGCUCGUCUAAGAGACUGAGGUCCUUCUCCCAGCUUGAGAAAAUCCAGGAGUCUCCUCAGCAGUCACCUCUUAGGAGACAGAGCAGGUGAAAAUACGCAUGUGAAGACUUAGGAUUUAGGGGGAAAAGGCUUGCUGUGGUAAAUUUUUACUGUUGUGCAAAGAUACAUUUCAAUUGGAGACGCUUGUCACAUUUCCCUCCAGAAGAUUUUUUAAACAUUAUUCUCAACAUAAGAAAAAAAUUAGAAAGUGUUUUUUACUUAAAUGACUGUUGUCUGCUUGAUCACAAUGAGAAUGGUGGCAAUAAUGUAAGAAUUAUUGCAGCUGACAUUGUUAGAACCAAUAAAGAAAUAUAAGCUAGAGCUAGAAAUACAUAGCUAGAGCUGUGUAUAACCAAUCUAGUGCCACAUGUUGGUGGGAAAAACACAAAGUUACAGAUGUUACUCACAAGGAAACAGAACAAGUUAGAAAGUGCUUUUAUUUGCAUUGAAAUAAAGAACUUUUGUCUGAUAA